AUGCCGAGGAAGACGUCCGGGGUUUCUCGCCGCGCGUGGAACCUCCUGCGCCUGGCGCUGCUCUGGGCGAGGAAAGGCGGGGCGUUCAAGUUGCAGCUCCGCCUUGUGCCCAAGUUCCUCAAGACCAUCGGCCAGGCGACGCCGCGCAGCCAGAUCUGGUACAGGGAGCGCGAGCUCUCCUUUGAUAAGACCCCGGUUGUCCACGUGAAGAUGCAUCGCCCGGGGUCGAUGCGGUUUCCCUUGCCGCACAUACCGUGCAUAAAUCCCCACGUCGAUUUUGACCCAGAGUUUGACGAGGACGACCGACUGUGCUAUGGGUAUGAAGCCGUGAGGCAGAGCUUCCUUGAAAACGGAGGCGAAGAGGGAACUCAUUUCGAUGAGGAGCAGGCGGAGGAUGGAAGAGUGGAAAUUGAGGAAGAUCGAGGGAUCGACACAAGAGCAGAGCAGUUCAUAGCUAAAUUCUAUGAACAAACGAAGUUGCAAAGGCAAAUUUCAUACCUUCAGUACAAUGAGAUGCUAAACCAAAGCGCGAGCUAA